GUCAUUCAAUCAAAUAUCAUGCUCCAAACCUAAAAGCGCUAAACCCUUCAAGCUACUUCUUUCCUUCUCCUCAUUCACAGUGUAUUCGGAAACCUCACAUUUCUCCAACCUUUUGCUACCAAACUCAACCAUGUUUCGCAUAGCAGCGAAGUUAUCAUCAAGAACUUCUUCUUCUUCCUCUGCUCUCAAAGCAAACCCAUUCCCCACUAACCUCUCUCCUUUUCCCACUUCAUCGUUCCGACCGUUUACCGUUGGCUUGGAAUUAGAGUCCCACAUGGUCGUCCCCGAUGCCAUUAAGAUGAUCAACUACGCCGUGAACCAAUGGAGGAAGGAAAGAUCACUUGGGUCGUUUCGGAUGGGUUUGUGUGUGUUGAAGCACUGCCUUAGCUGUGAGUUAACUGAGGGCCGGGAUUCAAAGCACGAGAAUUCGAAGGGAAUGGCUAUGCUUGCUAGGUCCACGAUUUUGUACGAAAGAGGAGAGUACACUGAAGCAAUAGAAAAGCUCGAGGAUGUUCAAGAAUUAACCAAUUCUUAUUUGGGAGUUAGAGUUGGUGCUCUUGAAGCUCAGGCUGGGCUUUAUUUAGAGAUGGGGCAGGAUGAUUUGGCAGCAGCGGUGGCUGACAAGUGCAUGAAGGUUGUUGAGAAUCAACGGCAAGCAAAAGACUUUGAGAUUCAAAGAAGAGAUUUUGUGGCUCACUUUAUACGUGCUAAAGCACUGAAAGGGCUGAUUGAACUUGUCAAAGGCAAUGUUGACUCAGCUGAAGAAUUCUUCGACGAACCUAUUGAUCAAAAGUAUUGGGAUGGUACUGCUGGUCUAACAUAUGCAGAAUUCCUACAUAAAAAAAAGAACUAUUCACUGGCAAAAGAAGUUUACCGAAGUGUUGUACUUGGUGCUGUUCAAAUAAGAAGGGCUGGCAAUCCAUACUUAGCGGCUGGCAACAUGAGUGCGAAUCAAUUACUUGUAGGGUCCAUGUGUGCUUAUGGACAGAUUGAGGCACUUAUGGGUGACUUCUACUGGGCUGAGCAUGAGUUGGGAAAGGCAUUGACUGAGGCAGAGGAAGCCCAUGGAGACCCUAAGCAUCCCUUGGUGGCGGCCGUAUUAGCAAGCCUAGCUCUUAUGUAUAGGCGUAAAGCAAUUCAGGAACAUUCAAGUGCGCUGUUGAUUCAAGAGGGCCUUUACCGAAAAGUGAUAGAUAUUUUGAAGGUUCCAUCAGAGGAAACCAAGACUGAAGGUGGUGCACCAUUUGUAGAUAGAAGUGAUAUAGCUGCUCUUGCAAGAGGUGCAUAUGCAGAAGUACUUAGUGUCCAAGAAAAUAGAAAGGAUGAAGGGGAGAAGAUGAAGAACUUGGCCGAGUCUAUGUGGAAACACCCUAAGAUGUCACUUGCCGAUGCUCUCGACACAGACACGAAGGUCAUAGAUACUAGAAUUAGUAGGAUUAUUUAAAUUGUCCUUCUUCAGGUAGGUACCCUUUUGCUGCUACACUUUAUAAUCGUUAUCGAUUUUAUGUUUUUAAAUUGAUGAUAAAAAGCUAAUUUUUAUGUAAUAUUUUAUGAAAUGAUCUUAUGAAAAGCUUUGUGCUUUGAAAGCAAAGCUAGUUAAGACUCUUAA